AAUGUUGAGAAACAGCGGCCAUCUGAAUACUUUUGGGUUGAUGCAGGAGGGGGUGAGGCGGGAGGAGGCCUCAGAGGAGUGGGCUUUUUUAAACGUCCCUGCGAGUGGACGCACAGGGCGCUCUUUCACUCCGCUUCAGUUGCACAAGGAGGAGAAAAAAGUGCAAACUGUGCUCAUCCGAUUACAUAAUGAUCCAGUAAGAGUGAGCCGGAACCAGUGCUGCCUGUGCCAGCGUGCUGGGAGGCACUGACUGACCCACCGCUGGGUAAUCCUCCACUUCCAGGUCUCCCCUCGGACAGGUUUCGCUGACCAUGACUUGAUGAAAGGCGAUGCUAAACAUGUGUGAGCCGUCAACAAGCGCCACUCGUUCAAGAGCCUGAAGUUUUGCUCUGUGUCCUUCUUCUCACCACGCUUUAGUCCGUCUGAACACCCGUCUGCUGGACUGAGACGGUCUUUAAGGUGUCCAAGCUGUGGGCAAAGUAAACAUCCGUAACAAGUCAAUAGAGAAGCGCCAGCCAUGACUUCAGCCACUCCCGCUUCUCCUGAAGGCUCCUCCCCUCAGAAGGUUUGCCAUUCCCAGACACAGACAGACAUCGCCAAGCCCCUGCUGGGCUCUGUAGGUGGUACUGGAGGAUCAGGUGUUGGUGAAGGAGGACCAGGGGCUGGAGGAACUAAUGCUUUGCGUAAAAGACGAAGAGUCCUCUCUAAAGAUGGACGGAGCAAUGUCAGAAUCCAGCACGUCAGCGGCAGAGGAGCAUUGUACCUACGUGAUCUUUGGACAACCUUCCUGGACAUGCAGUGGCGCUACAAGUUCUUCCUCUUCUCUGCAACCUUUGCUGGGACCUGGUUCCUGUUUGGAGUACUUUGGUACCUUGUGGCCCUGGUGCACGGGGACCUGAUUGAGUUUGACCCUCCCUCUAAUCACACACCUUGUGUGAUGGAGGUGAAGACCCUCACAGGAGCCUUCCUCUACUCGUUGGAGUCCCAAACCACAAUUGGUUAUGGUUUCCGGUGCAUCACGGAGGAGUGUCCUGUAGCUAUAGUCCUCCUUAUCGUCCAACUGGUCCUCACCAUGGUGAUGGAGAUCUUCAUCACUGGCACUUUUCUUGCAAAGGUUGCUCGUCCCAAGAAGAGAGGUGAGACAGUCAAGUUCAGUCAACAUGCUGUCGUUUCAAACCAUGAGGGCAAGCCCUGCCUCAUGAUCCGAGUUGCCAACAUGCGCAAAAGUUUGCUAUUAGGAUGCCAGGUGACGGGGAAGUUGCUUCAGACGUCCCUGACAAAGGAGGGAGAAACGGUGCGAUUGGACCAGCGAAACGUACCUUUCCAGGUGGACACAUCCAGCGACAGCCCCUUCCUCAUCAUCCCUCUGACCUACUACCACAUCAUAGAUGAGAACAGCCCCCUCAGUGCCUGGACAGCAAAAGGUGGCGGCUGGACAGACCCUGAACUGGCAGAUUUUGAGCUGUUGGUGAUCAUGAGCGCCACGGUUGAACCAACUUCUGCAACAUGCCAGGUUCGAACAUCCUACCUUCCCGAUGAGAUCCUCUGGGGAUACGAGUUCCCCCCUGUCGUCUCCCUGUCCCCCUCAGGAAAAUAUGUGGCUGAUUUUGCCUUUUUUGACAAAGUGGCAAAAACCAAGUCUCCCCCCCUCAUGAUGCAGGACCUCUCCCCAAACGACAAAUCACAGGUUCAAUACCGCAGCGGCAAAGAGAAUGAGAAGAACCAGGAGAAGCUGCGACUGGAAGAGAUCUACAGGGGGGACAAGAGGGGGAGAGAAAGGGGACGCAUAAGAGAUAACAGCCCACUGAGUGUACGAAUUAGUAAUGUGUGAUGGCCCUGACACCAAAAGGUUUUAGGUGAUGAUGUGAAACUGGAUCACAGCAGAGAAACAGGAAGAGGAAAACAAAAACUGCUAAAAACGGAUGAAACGUUUCUCCUACUCACAAAGAUUCAAUGUGGAGCAAAACCGAUGACCUUUAACAUCCGGCUACACUAGCGGCACACCAUGAAAGAGAACUACAAAUGUAUCAAAAUGUACUACAUAUGCCUGCCGCCAGCUUCAAACAGAGCAGGAUGUAAACUCAUCUACAGCAAGACUUCAAGGCUCUGAAACAGGUGGUUGAAUAUUUCUGUGAUGCAACAUUUCCUCAUAGCAUAUAUCUUUGCAGCUGGAAAUCCUGAUAGGUUCACCUUUACAUCGAUGUUCAACAUAGAAAGAUUCUUCAUCCACGGCAGGUGUGUGGGUAGCACCCCUGAAAAACAGCAAACAAACAAACCAACAGGCAUAUUUUAAGCCAUUCAUUUAAAAUGUUUGGGGCCUCAGUAACCUCAGUGGUUGAUGCAUAAGCAGCCACAACAGCUAGGCUCCUCCUCAUGUUAUUCACCAAUAUGGCGACAUUUUACUGUAGGAUGGUUAGGGUUAGGGUCCUUUUCCUUAAAGGGGAGAUGCUGAAGGUGAAGCAGUUUGGUGUUGUUGGUUAGUAUUUCACAACAAUGGCACUGAAAGGGUCUCUUGGGGCCACAAGCAAAAGCACAAACAAGGAACUUAAGGUUCAUAGCCAAGAAGCAUUGUGACAACAGAGGAAUAAUACAACCAAAAUUCCCUAACAUCUUAUACCAAGUGUAUCGUUUUUAUGGGGAUGCCGUUACUUACUAAAAUACACUGUAAAACUAACAACAACAACAACAACAACAACAUGUCUUAUCAGUUAAUUUCUGUCUGCAAUCUUGUCUUUGAUGACAUUUCCCUAGAAGAUAAGCCUGGUGGCUUAUGGGUCAUGGAUGUAGUUUUGACUAGAAAAGGGGGAAACACAACCGUAAAGGGGGUGGUGGGGUAGAUUUGAACCCAGGACUUUACUGCUCUAAGUCUUUUUUAUGUAAUGUCAGGAAUACAGAACUGUCAAGUACACGGAUCGCAGGAACGGCCAAUCACACGUUAGCAAGCGUCAGCAGAGCCAAUAGAUGAGCUGAUGGACGGCUCUAAUGGGAAACAGGCUUCAACACAAGCAGUUCUUUUCUGAAUGGUCCUAGUGCUAGUGUUUCUUUAAUAUAGCGUAAUAUUGUUUUCGGAUGGGAAAAAAUGCAGGGGUUCAAAAAUUAACUUUGCAAAAAGUGUGUGUGUGUGUGUGUGUGUGUGUGUGGGGGGGGGGGGGGGGUCCCCUGUCCCCUCCCAAAACUACGCCCAUGAUUGUGGUGGACAAAGCAGUCUGCCACCCUCUCUGAUCCCUGUGUAAUGAGAAUUUGCACAAAACUUUUUCCUUGCCUUUUCUGUGCUCCCGCAGAAGCAUACAGGACCAGGAGGGAACCACUAGCCUGGCCUCCCAGACUCGUCCUCUGUUUAAUUCUGCGCAGAGAAAGAGUCUGGUUACUCACAGACAGAGAGGCACUUGAGGGGCGGGACUAGGCAGCUCAAAAAUAAUUAAUCAGAAAAAAGAGGGAAAUGCCGACUGUACAGCGCGACGCUGUAGUUUUUUUUAGCUGUAGUCAAAAAUGGCGUCUGGCAACGGCACAAACAUCUUUUAUUUUAGAAGAAAGGCUUUUAGCGCUUCGACUUGUUGUGGGUUUAAAGACAUUCAAUUCAUUUAGACCAGAGGAAAGAGCCGCAGCGAACUCCGCUUCAGUCGCCAUGUUUAUGACAAACUCGGUGUUGUGGUGUGUGACGUACGCUACUCAGUGCUGAUUGGCUCGGUAAGAAUUCUCAGGGGGUGGGUUAAUUUGAAUAGGAGAGUUCCCAGACUCUUUCUCUGUGCAGAAUUAAACAGAUGAGGAGUCUGGCAGGCCAGGCUAGUGAACCACAUGAAAUCUUUUGUAACAAGGUAUUUUUUACUAAUGUAGAAAAUGCACAUGUGACCCACUCUUGCUCAUGGACAAUAUACAAAGUCUUCAUAAAGGCUCCAGUUAGAUUUGAAUCCAGGGCUUUCCUGCUCUGACGCAACAGCACUAACCACUUCUCCAUAAAGUGUUUUCAUAGAGCCUCUGAGUGCUACACACUGGACAUUUAAUAAGAUACCUGGAACAGGUGGUGGAAACACUGGAACGUGUUAUAUUUUUGUUGUACAGUUUCAAAGGAAUGUAUUAAAUUUUAGUCAUUUUUAACAAGGGUGACCUGAACAUAUUACAUCAGAUGUAAAUAUCUGUGGGACUAGAUGUGGUCAGUAAUGUUACUAAAAGCACUUUAACUUGAAGGAACAGUGACAUUUACUGUAAAAGAAAAACAGAACUAACCUCCAAGUUCAGUACGCUGUAUUAGCUGACUCAGUUGUGUGAUGAUGGGACAGAUUUGUUGAUUGUGUUUACACCAGCCGAUGUUUGGAGGUCUGCUCCCAGUUUCAUGUACAGUUUAACAUGUACAGUGUCUAUAAAUAUCUUUAGUUUAUUUUUUAAUUUGAGGUGUACUGCUGUCGGUGCACAAUGUCAUUUCUGUAAAGCUCUUCUGCCUUUUAACUGCUGUUAUGUUGAGCAGAAUGUAUCAUUUAACAGCGUGUAACAGUCGCAUAAAACAGUACAAAUACUCAUCAUGCAUCCAACGGAUGUGUGAGGCGGGACUAACUAUUGAUUUAACUCAAAAACACACAGAUGUGAUUAAACAGUUUUUAAACAAAAUGAAUUGAAAAAGAGUUUCAAGAACAGAUCCAAAGGGGGGUGGGUGCACGUAAGCCCUUUCAGGACUUUGCUAAGUCAUGAGCACAAGUUAAUCUAUUCCAAGGAUGAGGAAAGUGGCUGUGAGAUGUAAAAAGCAACAUUCAAUGACCAGAUGUUUUCCCGAUGCUCUGGUGGAGACAACAAAACAGGGUACAGUGCAGCGUUGUGGAGGAAUUUCUGCUAGAUAUUUUGGACUGGGGAGGCUGAUCUAAAAUAGAGUCGAAGCUGCUUAUUUCAUUUUCCUUCUUUUACCAAUGCUGGUUGUUUGGCCAUGUCUAAUUUCCUACUGAGUUACAACAAAUCAGCAUGCGUCACCAUAAGUCCUGCCUAGCGACUACCGGACUGUAAACACCAUGAGGCAAAUACUUGGUUGGUCACUGAAAUGUCCCGGGAAGUGGUCCUCUUGAGACAGAACAGAUACUGUCUUCUUCUUCUAGACAUAUUGACUUUAUCCAUUUUUAUUUCAAGGUCUUAUUGACUUUUUUUUAAUAACACAGCUGUGGUCUCCAGUAUUAAUAAACCUUGUUGGUCUUUUUUUGUAGACAAAAGCUUGUGUGCUCUUGUUUCAGGAUGUAGAAGUCUGUUGAGGGAAUAACAGGAGAAUACUGAUUAUUAUUCAUGUUAAGCAAACAUCUUGCCUCUGAUUGGCUAACGGCAACACGACUCUUCCACUUCCACAGACAAAUUCCGACCACUUCUUAUUCAGGUGUUCUUUGUUCACCGUUGUAAGAAAAGCAGCGUUGAUGUGUUAUCUCCACAAAUAACACAUGCCUGAAACUGCUCCGCCAUGUUGUGGCGUUGCUAACGGUCAACUUCAACUAGCUGAGACAUGUUCUGCUCUCUCCUGGCCAUGACAACACUACAGCCUUCUGUGGUUACAGGCCAAGGUGGGCGGGGUCAUGAAUACUAAUUUUUCCUGUCUUUUCUCUUGUUUGCGGCUGAUGCAGGCAAUAAGGGUUGAAGAAAAUGUUCGUGUGCAGCAUGCAUAUUGAAUCCAAAGUGACCAAUCGUGUUUCAAGAAGAUCAAGUAUGGUACAGUUUCUCAGUGAAGGUACACUGCAAACUCUUGUAUUGUGCGAUUUUAGCAGCUCAAAAGUCUCACAACCACCCUCCUAAUAAGUUAUGUGACUGGUUGUUAUCCACUUUCACUGGAAAAGUAUAAAUGUCUAGAAGCAUUUUAGCUCCUGAUCAAAAACAGGACCAGUACAGAGAAAACAGAUGCAGUAACAGUAAAAACAACUACAUAGCUGUUUCGGUUUCUAAGACACAAAAAUAAAAACCGUAGUUUGAAGCUCGUACGUUGUUCCUCGACAGCUUUGAGUCCACAUGGAUGCAACAAUUCAAAUUUAGGUUAUGUUCCCUUGAGAAUCAUUUGAGGUAAAGCAUCUUUACUCUGGUAAACCCUGCAGAUGGUUACAAACAAACGGUGAAACAUAUUUCAGUUGCUACCGUACUAUUUCCAGCUCAGUCUCUAAACGCUGAAAUCUCACCUCUUAACCAGCAAUGUGACUUAAAGUGCCUAUUUUAGUAAAAGCUAUAUUUACAAGUU